UGUACUCACUCCGUUCCGCCCCACAUCUCUGCCGUCGACAUUCCAAGACCCCCCACCGAACCAGCAGCCGACAGACGAUGGCGCCGCCCCCUUCCGUCCCCGUCAGCGAGGUCCAGGUCGAGUCCGUCAAGUUCCCGCCCUCCGUCAAGCCGCCUGGCUCCGCCAAGACCCUCUUCCUCGGCGGCGCAGGGGCGAGAGGCCUGGAGAUCCAGGGGAAGUUCAUCAAGUUCACGGCGAUCGGGGUCUACCUGGAGGACGCGGCGCUGCCGUCGCUCGCCGCCAAGUGGAGCGGCAAGAGCGCGGAGGAGCUGGCCGACUCCGUCGAGUUCUUCCGAGACGUCGUCACAGGUCCAUUCGAGAAAUUCUCCCGGGUGACCAUGAUAUUGCCAUUGACGGGAGCUCAAUACGCAGAGAAGGUCACCGAGAACUGCGUCAAAUACUGGCAAUCCGUUGGAACCUACACUGAUGCCGAGGCUGUUGCGGUUGAGAAAUUCCGCGAGGUUUUCAAGGACCAAUCCUUCCCGCCCGGCGCCUCGAUUCUAUUCACACUAUCGCCCAACGGAUCAUUGACGAUUGCAUUGUCUGAAGAUGGAUCCGUGCCCGAAGCCUCGAACACGGUGAUCGAGAACAGACAACUCACGGAGGCGAUAUUCGAGUCGAUGAUCGGCAAGCACGGCGUAUCUCCUGAAGCUAAGACGAGCCUGGCCUCGAGGAUUAGUGAACUCCUGAAGGACUGCGAGAAGAAGGCGGAUGAAGUCGACAAGAUUGCAGCCCCGAAGGCGGCGGCGGCCAAAGUCAACGUCGCGUAGAAUGGCGGAGGAGAUGACGGGGGCAAGUCGGGUGUGGCGGAGGAGAGAGCGGAAUCAAAUGGCAGAACAGUGGCACCUGCCGCUAUAUAAGGCGGAGAUAAAGCAGCAGCGUCAUUAAGGGAAAAUGACAUUAAUAAUGUUAAUCUCAUCUUUGGAUAUUUAGUCGAUGAUCUUGGUGUGAAAUUUGCAGCUUCGCGGUAUGUGGACUUCUCAUAAAUGUUCACUUUUGUAUUUUUAUUUGAUCACAAAAUGGUAAAAAAAAAGAAGAAGAAGGAGUCACAACUUUCUAAACUA